UGUUGGCCGCCGAUCAUGAACCGCAGAGUUUAUUUUACUUAACUAUAAAUCUCGUGGCCAUGUCGUCAACCACAGUGCAAUUACGAAAACCUCGGAGCUCGGGAGCAUCAUCUAGCGGAAAUAAAUUUGGGAGACCAAGAUCAUGGACAGAAUUCAAUACCAGAUUCCACGCUGUGUCGGUUCCAAUCGAUCUAACACCUGUUCCGAAGAUAAACGAUGACGUCAUCAAAAGACGCGAACCGAAUGAAUACAGGAAAAUUCGGCCGAAGUCCGCUUCUAUACUGGAUGGAGAGGACAGAAGUUUGAAGAUCGCGGGUUCGAAUCCUGCCGAGGGUACAGCAAGACCACCGUCACCGAAAUAUACAUCAUUUAUGGCUCCUAACCCGUGGCGUACUGUGGUUCCCAAACCCAAGUCACCUAAAAAAUCGCCUGAAAAGAGCAUAGGGGGUAAUUUUACUACGAAAGUGAAAACACAAUCAACCAAUUAUGAGAAAACAAUCGGCAAUUAUGACCGCACAACUAAUGAUUAUGACGUAAUAAGAAAUGCAAGGAAUGCUGAACCAGCAGACGAUACUUGCCCUCAGGCUAAUGAAACAGUCGGAAAUGGAUCAAAUAAAACGAAAAAUAACUCGUACGAGACGACAGUUGGACACUUUACUAGUUUAUCUGAUUCUGAAAGCAUUGAUUCUGCAGUCGUUGUGUCGUCUAGUAGCAGUCUGUACGGUACCGGUUCUGAAAAGUCUCCGAGCCGUUUCGAAUCUAGAACUUCAGGUGAAUUCGAUUCUACAAGUUCGAUUUCGGAUAAAAGUUCGUCCGAUUUCGGAAGUAAAACAGAAGAUCGGAAAUUUGAAAAUAUAAAUUUGGAAACGCAAGCAACGAAUUCGAAAGAAAUAGAAAACGCAGCGAAAAGUUCGUCUGACGCAGCAAGGCAGGAUACAAAACUGCGAGCCAGCAAUUUUACGCUGGAUUUGGUACCGAAUGUUGCCGAAAACAUUCCACAAAGAUCAGAAUUGAUUGUAGAAAAUUCAAAAAGUACCAGCAGGGCGAAAAGUACUACACUGCCGGUAGGAAAGCAGCCGCCGCCGACGAUUGUAAUUUCCAAGUCUGACGAGGAUAUGGAGUUCUGUGCUGAAGAUGAAACAUACAGGUUCGGGGGUCGGAGUUCAGAACCCAAAACCGGAAGUUACGUUGACAAAUCAUCCGUGCCUUCCCCCCUCAAAUCGUGUUACACGCCGGUUGCAAUUUAUGAAGAUUUUGUCGAAUAUUCGGAUUCGGAUAAUUCUUCUGUUGAUGAAAAUUCGAAUCGUGAAAUGUCGCGGAGUAAUAUUAGUUCACAUCUUGGUUACGAAGGAGAUAGAUCAACGGAAGAAUACACACCGAAAACCACGCCCACUCCACGCCUCCGCCAAUCAUUUAAGCGAACUGGUCAUGACGAUAAUGACAUCAUAGAUGACAACAAUAAUAACAAUCAGGAUACCAAAGGAAUGAAUUAUGACGUCACAUGCGGAACGUGGCCCAGAAGAAAGGCUAAGAAAAAAGGAGAUAUCAUUGAUGUGGAACAGUUAAUGAAAAAAUUUCUUGAAACGAGAGAAUCUCAUUUGGAAAGAUUCAAAAAUAUUUACGCAGAUUCGAGGAAAAGAAUUGAUGACGUAAUGAGGGGGUUAAAAGAAACUAUGACGCAAAAUGGUUACAGGGAAUGGUAUCCAAGGGUACGUUGAUUGACGUGAUAAGCCACGCCUACAAUCACUUCUAAUCCAAUGACUGAAGUGUUCAAUCCACGCCCGCUUUGACUAAUGGUGAGCCACGAUGCAAUCCCGAUGAUUGACUUAUAUAUGCCACGGCUAUUUUGGUGAUUGAUGUACAUAUACCACGCCCUUCACCAACGACACAUUUAUGUUAAAUAGCUUACCCUGGCACGCAGGACAGUCACACAACAUUUUUUAUUAUGAUUACCGAAGCCCUCAACGAAAAGAACACUGAAUGACGUACUUGGUAAAACACAAUAUUUAAUCAAGUCUAUGUAUAUGAAACAAAUAACUGGCUGACUAACUUCACACUCGACAUGGACUGGUAACCGGACGUGAGGCCGUGGUUCUCCAUACAAUUGAGCCGUCUUAUCGGCUCUUCUUUCCCUCGAAAUGAAUAUGUAAAUCCUAUCCUCAAACACGAUAGAAACAACGCCAGGUACACUAUAGCAGAAAAAUAACAAAAUAAAUUGAAUGGUCGAAAACUGGAAAUCACCACUUUUUAGCAUUCCGGGCUUUUAACUUUGCCCAGAGAAAAGUAUUUUUUACUUCCAAGUGCGCAUUCGGCCUUGCUUCAUGUCUACUCGCGUUACUGGCGUGCCAUACCCCGCCCUUCAAUGUUUGCCUGCUGCAAAAUGCUUAUAUUUCAGCGCUAUCUGCUAUUCCUCCGCUGCUAAUUAUUUUCUAAUCUGUUUUUUUUGACGAGGUUAUUUUCUCAUUUUGUUAAAUUGUUGACUGUUUGAUUAAUACUUAAGUAAAUAGGGCCCGAUAUUUCGCCCAAAAUUUUACUGUUUUUAUUUUGCUUCGUGAAAAAAAAAACUUUUAUAUGAUAUAUGGAAACUCUCUUCUAUUAUGACUAUUCGUUUGAUUAAACCUUAAAUGAAUUCUUAAAUAACAUUUCACUUCAUGAAAACACUCUUAUAUUUGGGCAUUGCUCUCUUGUGUUACCAAUCGGUAUUUUUCAUGAAAACAACCUAAAAAUCGAUAAAUAAAUUAGUUAUAACAAGUUAGUAUUAACGUUAUUCUACCGUCUUAACAGUGUCUAUAAAAUCGCUUUAUUUUGUUUAAAAUAAAAAAUUUCACAAUACACUCAAUUAGAAUUGAUUCACAAUCUGAAGGGAAAAGAAUGCUGAGUGAAGGGUAUGUA